AUGCCUCCCAUGAAGAUUCCGGAUUGGGAAGGUAAAUACUUUUUCAUAUAUGCUGUCAGUGGAAUGCUGAUCACGAAGGAGGUUGUUUUACAAGAAGAGGACUGGAAUGGUCUUGAGAUCAAGACGAUCUCUGAACUCUUUGUUGCAAAUCAGGUGGAGAACUGUAAAAUCAUUUGUUCAAUUGAAGCUAUUGACACUGAUUGGUCGUGGUUCUAUUUUGGGCAUAAAGGUUGCAAACAUCGUGCUAUUAAAAUUGGUAAGAUUGUUCCUUCAAGGUCAAACAAUGAUAACAAACAACUCUGGCAUUGUGGGAAAUGCCAAGCUAACAUCACUGAAGUGGUACCUGUAUUCAAGCUUCAUUUGAUUGUGAGGGAUGACACAGAAACAUGUAAGUUGAUGCUGCUUAACACUGUUGGUAUGACCAUUGUUGGACAUGAAGCUGUUGAUCUGUGGGAUGGCUCCUAUGAUGAGAUUGAAGAUCCAGACCUCCUACCAGAACCUAUCAGAGAUUUAGUUGAAAAAUCUUUUUGUUUUGGCAUUUCUGUAAGCUCUGACAAUGUGACCAACGGGGCAGAAACAUUUAAAGUUCUUGAGGUCUGGUCUGGAGAUAAAAUUCUUCAAGUGGAAUCCCAAUCCGAGCCUAACUCAAUGAUUGGCACAUCAUCUUCUACCAUGUCUUCGUGUGAUGUGCUCAUGCUGGAAGUUGCAAGCCAUAAUGAAUCAGAAGAAUGCAAAACACCUUUCACAAAACGCAAAGAGGAAGAUGCUGAUCUCCCAGACAAAACAUCAACUUCUAAAAAGUUGUGCCGAGCCUCAAUCAAAGUGGAAAAGGAGAAGGAAGAGUAA